AUCGUUGGACAACCACGCUACACGCUCGACGGUAGAAAGAGAGACGUGAACGGCCACGCCGGCGAUCUAGUGACUCUCGCGGAAUCGUUGAUCGGCAGCGCCAGCUGCAUUCACCAGCCUUAUGAAAUGCCAAAUCGGAACUGUAUGUAGCGCCGUCUAUCAGAUGCACCGUAAUGUUGGCGAACGUGGCUACACGAACCAAGUACGGUAUGGUGCAGUCUGCUCUCUGCUCUGUGCUGUGAUAGAAUAUAGAUGGCUGUGCUUCAUUGUUGGAAAGUACCCAAAGUAUAUUAGCAUCAGAAAAAAGUAAAAUAAUUGUCCUCAGCAAAACAAUAAAUGAAGAAAAUAAGUGCAAAAUUAACUAUAUGAAAUUAAUAUGAAGAACGAUACGGAAAAUACAUUGAAUAAUCAUGAAGUAAUGUGCAAUUCUGUCGAAAAUAUUCAACCAUCGUCGAAGACAGAUAAUCAAGCAUCUAUGUUGCACGUGGACGGUAUGGAAGAUAUUUGCGAGAAUACAUGCGAUAAACAAGAAACUUUACAGAAAUCUACAGAAAUUACAGAAUACAGUACAAACAAUAUAAACAGCGAUAUUACGCAAAACGAAUCAACAGAAAAUGAACAGAAAAUCAAUGAAAUUACAAAAGUGAGCAAUGAUAAUAGUGACAUACAUACAAGCGAUUCAUCUUCACACGUGCAAGAGACUACUGGUUUGAAAUCUCUUGGCGUUAUCGCUUUGGAAUAUGGCGACUCUUCGGAUGUAGAGGAUAUGGAAGAUACCAAUGAAAAUCUAAAUCAGCCUGCUGUACCAAGUGUCCAGGCACUAAAUUUACAACAGUAUCGUAUGACAGUAGUGGAACCGUUAUGUUCAAGUGAAGAGAGCGACAGUGACGACGACAGUAGCAGUACUAUCAGCAGUAGCAGCAGCAGUAGCAGCAGCAGCAGCAGCAGCGAUAGUAGCAAUAGCAGCAACAAUGAUAAUAAUGAUAGUGCUAAGCAGAAGAAAAGUAACGUAGCAAAUAAACAAAUACAAAAAAGUGAAUUAGAUGACCUUCCACCAAUAGAAGACUUAAUGAUUAAUGUUGAUGAACUCUUAUGUGACGUAUUCGGCAAGGUGUUCAAAAUUGUGGAGCAAGUAGUGAUUGUACAGCCAAUACCAGGUAAACCUACGCUCAAUCUGGACUCGGUUUUGUUUUUGGACAAGGGACAAAAAACUCUUGGUACAAUAUUGGACGUGUAUGGGCACAUAAGCGAACCUUUAUACUGCGUUCGAUUUAAUAGCUCGGAACACAUACAAAAGUGCAAUAUUGAAGUGGACAUGACGGUUUAUUAUUGUCCCAAUGUCACGUCGUACACUACCAUUUUUUUUGCACAGGAGUUGAGACAGCUAAAACACAGUGACACGAUCGAUGAGAACGAAGCGCCGGUGUUUUCAGACGACGAGGAGGAACGAAAGUACCAGAUGCAGAAGGAUAAAAACGUUUCGCAUGAUAAUACACCGCAGAAGAAGAAUGCACCAAAUCCUUGCAAAAAAAGGAGGUACGAUUGGCAGUCAAAUCAUCCGUGGAACAGAUGCGGCUAUUCCCAAUGGUACAACCAAGAGGCGCAACCUUGCAUAAAUGCGAUGCAGAAUGAACAGUAUUCCUUUCCCCAGGCUAAUCCCAGGCAAUAUUCCUUUCAAAAUAAUAUGUAUCGCGACCAAGCCUGGUCGUCGAUUCCACAUUGCCCCCCUUCCCCGUGCAACAGACCGUACGGGGUCGGGGCAGCGUACAACGGACCGCGUAGUUACAAUUCGAAUAAUGCAGCCGACGCGAACCAAGAUUGUCAAGAUGUCAAACCAAAUUUCCAGCGCAAUAACACGAUGUACCAAUAUCCUAAAAUUCCGUUCGGUAUGCCCGCAAGAAUUAACCCUACGUCCCCACCCUACCCGAUGAACUAUCAUCAACUCUUCAACGCGCAGAUUCCUUACAUGGGUAUGCCUCCUUAUCCAAUGUACGCGUACCCACCGAUGUCGACGCAUACGAACCCAGCAUGCCCAUUUCAGUCAACACAUAUUCCUGUUUCUUCUCCAUCUUCGACGACAACAAGUGCAACUACUGUUAAUAAAAGUCCUUGAACGAAAAAUAUAGAAAGAGGAAUUGUGUAAAAACAAAAUUUUUGAAUACAUUUUCUGUAAUCUUUAUUAUGUAAAAAAAAGUUAUGUAUAAUUUAUAACAUCGUAUAAAUGUGAAUUUCAGAUG